AUGUCAGAGGCGGAAAAACAACAGGCACAGGAGCAAAAAGCACAGCAGCUCCAGGCGCAAUAUAACAAUUACCAAGAGGCGUUGACGGAGUUGCAAAGUCAGCUUUCGACAAUCACUUCGCAAGUUCUGGAACACAAUAUAGUUGACAAGACUUUGGCCGAGAUCCCGCCAGAGAAACGCAAUGGAAGAAAGUGCUUCAAGAUGAUCGGUGGAGUUUUGGUUGAAAAGACCGUGGACGAAGUUAUCAAGAUAUUGGACGAGGAGAAAAAACAGCUUCUUCAGACAAGAGAAGAGGUGGAGAAGAGCUUUGUGUCUACGAAAAAAGAGAUGGAGCAGUGGAUGACGAAAAACAAGGUGAAGAUCAUGAGACAAUAG